AUGGGUGCCUGCGCCUCCUGCCUUGGCGGUAACCGCCAUGACUCUCCCGAGCCUGAAUCAUCGCGCUUGCUUGAUGAUGACCCCUACCAGGCCGGGUAUGGGUACGGUGCAUUGAACCAUGCUCACCAGGCAAACCAGCCCGAUCCCGAGUCUGUAAGGCGCGAAAGGGAAGCGCUCGAGGCGAUCUGCCAGCGAACAUCAGAUUCUGUCAUCGACAUCUGGUCCCUCCAACCUCAACCUCACCUCCAACCCCGAGCCACUCUCAACGGCCCUACAUCCACAUCAACCUCGCCCGCCCCGUCGGGCAACCAUGCACCGACCACACUGUCCGCCGAUCACACAUCGCAAACGAGCCGCCCCACGUCUGGCGCGGGGGGAACCGUGCCGAAGCAUUGGGGUGAAGUCGUUGUCAACCCGAACAAGAAGCGAUCUCGUCCGGAUAUGAAGACGGAUGUCGAUGCCAGUCGCGAUGUCUUCGGUGUCUUGAAGGUCACUUGA